AUGGCGAAAAAAUCUGGAAAGGGUCCCAGUCGUAAAGCAGCCAUCGUGAACGAUGGCAUCUUUCGAGAAGGAAGAAAAACGGAUAUUGUGGUCCUAGUCAUGGGUACAACCGGCGCUGGAAAGAGCACGUUCAUUAACACUGCUCUCGGGGAAGAGCGCGUGCGCGUGGGGCACGGGUUGUCCGUCUGCACCGCUGAAGUCCAGGCAGUUGUUGUCCACCCAGCUCCUGAGAACCGAAUUCCCGAAGGCCAUCGUCUCGUCUUAGUGGACACCCCAGGAUUUGACACUUCCUAUGAGGACGAGGAACAAACUCUACAACUGGUUGACGCCUGGUUCCAAGUCUACUACCGCAAGAAGGCGCCAACAGGUGGAGUCAUCUACCUCUAUAAUCUAUCCCAUGAUCGCUUCUCUGGCGUGGCGCGAAGGAGCCUGGAGAGGAUCUGCCGUUUACGCGAGAGUGCUGGUCUGGGAAAGGUUGUUCUGUCAACUACGAAUGGGGGGAUGCUCCAUCAAGAAGAGCGCGAGCGCCGUGAACUCAAUCUCAGAGACAAAUUUUGGAAAUCCACGAUCGAGGCGGGGGCCGAGGUUCACCAUUUCCAGAAGGAAGCGACGUCGGCGUGGAAUAUUAUCGAGGCUUUUUUACCUGUCCCUGAGUUGGGAGCAGCUCCCAGCCUUCUCUCGUCUAGAGACGCCUCUACUCUUCCGCCGGAUGAUCAGGCGUCCGAGCAUGUCAUGGCCGUGGAACAGGGCCAGAAUCCCGCUAUCACUAAUGACGCGACGUUGGUCGAUAGCAGGCGAACGGACAUUGUGAUUCCUGUCAUGGGUCCAACGGGUGCCGGGAAGAGCACGUUUAUCAAUCACGCUCUAGGAGAGAAGCAGUUAGCAGUCGGCGACGACAUAACCUCCUGUACAACGAUUAUUUCCCCUGUGGUCAUCGGUCCGAUCCCAGGCUUUCCAAGCCUCAAAGGCUAUCGAUUGGUGCUUGUUGACACGCCGGGCUUUGACGACACCGUUGUGGAUGACUUCAAGAUGUUGGAACGAAUUUCUGCUUGGCUAGCCGCCUCGUACCGCCACGAAAUGGCCAUCGGCGGGGUCCUCUACCUCCAGGAUAUAUCCAAUAAGCGCUUCACAGGCACCGCGCGAAUGAACCUAGAGAUGUUCCAGCGGUUGUGUGGAGAUGCUGCUCUUAACAAGGUCAUCCUUGCAACCACGAACUGGGGAAAGAGCACCUCCGAACGCGACCAGCAACACGAAGAAGAAAUGCGGGUUCACCAUUGGAGUACCCUGCUUCAGCAAGGUGCUGAAGUGCGCCGAUUUCUAGGAAGUUCCGCCUCUGCUUGGGACAUCCUCAACGUUUUUAUUCAACGUGCCGAUAAUGCUCGUCGCUUGAACGAGAAACCGCGGCCUCUUCAGAUUCAAGAGGAAGUAGUGGAUUGUCAGAAGUCUGUUCGUGAGACCAUGGCUGGGAGAUUUUUGCGUGCGGUUAGGGAGAAGGUAACAAAGCGGGCACAAAUGAGCUGCGUCUUACAGUAA